CAUAAAAUCAUUGCCCACGGGAUCCCCACUUCCGUUUUUAACUGUCUGGAAGGCAUAGAGCUAGUUAAGGACGAAAUACGGACUUUUAAUAAGGCUGGAUCUAUGGCAAUUGCAUUUGCUACGCCUGAAGAGGCUAGCGCGGCCGUCCGAAAUAGGCUAUAUAUAGCUGGCAUUUCUAUAUAA